GCAGUCAUGCGGAUGGAAACAGGAGUGGGCAUCCGCUGUGCUGCACGAAGAAGAAACUUCGAGGAAAGAUGCACGAAGAGGAGGAUGGCAGCGAGGCAAACUCCUGCACAGCUUCGCGGAUCGUGGCCUCCAGGUCCGUGGAUGUGGCCGACGUCGAGGGCGCCAAGGAGCAGGCCUCCAAGCUGUGCGGCUUCUUGAACAAACUGUCCGGCAAGGGGCCUUUGAGGGGGUACAAGCCGAGGUGGUUCGUGUACGAUCCGAGGAAAUGUUAUUUGUAUUACUUCAAGACUCCCCAAGAUGCCCUGCCUCUCGGGCACAUCGAGAUCGGCGAUGCGUGCUUCAGCUACGAUGUGGAGGGGGAAGAGGGGCAGUUUGAGAUCCGCACCGCUGGGAAGGAGUUCCUCCUCAAGGCCCCCAGCAGGCAGGUGAUGCAUUACUGGCUGCAGCAGCUACAGCAGAAACGUUGGGAGUACAGCAACACAAGAGGGUCCGGACAGAGAGACAGCUGGAGCUCCCCGACCCUGGCUUACCCUCCCACUGGCCUCGUAGGCAAAGACAAUGAUGCAGUAGUCUUUGAGAAGCUGAGUGAUAGCAUGGAGCAGGUCCGCAGCGACUUUGCCAUGGAGACGGACACAGAUGGCGGGGGAAUGGUGGGGAUCCAGUCAGCCAGAGGGCCUUCCGCUGCGCCCACGAACCCCCUCAACUUCUCCCUCAGAAACUUCGGUACAGAACUCAGGAACUCCAUGUCUUAUUUACGGCCGGGCAGAGGAGGCGAGAGCAGACGCAGUGUGUUUUAUACUCACGGCAACAGCAGCAGCACAGAGGAGUGGGAGCUGGUGGAUGCUCCACCCAAGGACUUCCCUGAACAGAAACCUCAUCCAGACACACACAGACAUUCCUUUGGGUCAGCGUUUACGUUCGACUUUGUGCGCAACUCAGCGCGGCCGAAGAGGCCUUUGCUUCGAGACAUGAUGGGUGCCGGGAAGUUUGGGCGUAACGCUGAGACGCGCAGUGCUGAGAGUUCCCCGGUGGAGUGUAACGGCAGCAAACCUCUGGAGAUGCAGCUUCGCCUCCAGAGCCAACAGGAAGAGCUCAGCCGCAUGCAGCAGGAACAGGCCAAACUCAGAGAAGAGCUGGCCAGUCAGAAGGAGCUGGUGAGACUUCUGCAGCAGACUCUGAGAACCUCCCAGUGCGACAGGCCGCCACUACGCCGCCCACCUCCGAUUCCAGAUUCAUCUGCGGCUUCAGACCAGACUCAAGGUUCGGCAGUAACACAGGAAGAGAUCGCCAAGACAGAGACCCUGGUUCAGGAAAAGGAUGGGCAGAUCCAGUCCCUGUGUGGCCACAUGGAGCGUCUCGCUCUAGAGAAGGAGAGUCUUCAACAAGAGCUGAAGGGCCUGAAGAUAAAGGUGGGGGAGAUUAACGACCAACUGGGGAUGCUGAUGGAGACCAUCCAGGCAAAGGAUGAAGUCAUCAUCAAGCUGUCGCAGCAGAGCUCCGAGCAGAGCGGCAAUCCAAUCAAUGGUUCACCACCUCCCAGCAAAGAUCAGCAUGAAGUGGACAUCCUCAAGGACAGUCUUCAAGGCUACAAAUCCCAGAACAAGUUUCUGAACAAAGAGAUCCUGGAGCUGACAGUGUUACGCAGAAAUGCAGAGAGCAGAGAAAAGGCUUUGGAAGCAAAGUAUACGGCCCUGGAGGCUAAGCUGUGUCAGGUGGAGAGUAAGUAUCUGGUGCUGCUUCAAGAAGUGAAGACCCCGGUGUGUUCGUCUUCAGAGCAGAGCCCAGCCCGAGAGGUCAUCUCCAGAUUAUUAGAGGAUGCGCUACAGGCAGAGAGCUCCGACCACCAGGAGCACCCCAUCUUUAAACCAAAUACUGUCAGUGAAUACGACACGUUUGGCUUCAAGACGGUCCCUGAGGAGGAGGAAGAAGAGGAGAGGCUAGUUGCGAAGGUGAGAGCUCUGGAGCUGAAGUCCCUAUCCAUGACAGAUCAAGAAGUGUCCAUCGGGGUGAAGUGGGAGAACUAUCUAGCCAGUACCAUGAACAGAGACCUGGUGCGCUCCCCUGAACUCAAGGCGCUGUUUCGCUGCGGCGUGCCCCAUGAGCACCGCUCCCAGGUGUGGCGCUGGUGUGUGUCCUUCCAUGUCAAGAAGUUGCGAGACCAUCUGGCGCCCGACUACUAUGAGACCUUACUUAACGUUGCCCGGGACAAGCCUAACCCAGCCUCGAAGCAGAUCGAGCUGGACUUGCUGCGCACUUUGCCCAACAACAAGCACUAUUCCUCUCCGAGUGCGCCUGGCAUCCAGAAACUCAGGAACGUCCUGAUGGCUUUCUCCUGGAGGAAUCCAGAUAUCGGCUACUGCCAGGGACUAAACAGGCUGGCAGCUAUUGCCUUGCUCUAUCUGGACCAAGAGGACGCCUUCUGGAGCCUAAUAGCUAUCGUGGAGGUCUUCAUGCCAAGAGACUAUUACACCAAGACUCUGCUUGGCUCACAGGUUGACCAGCGUGUGUUCAGGGACCUGAUGAGUGAGAAGCUCCCCCGGCUUCACGCCCACUUUGAGCAGUACAAGGUGGACUUCUCCCUCAUCACCUUCAACUGGUUCCUGGUGGUGUUUGUGGACAGUGUGGUGAGCGACAUCCUCUUCAAGAUCUGGGACGCCUUCCUGUAUGAAGGUCCAAAGAUCAUAUUUCGCUUUGCCCUGGCUCUCUUCAAGUACAAAGAGGAGGAGUUUCUGAAGUUGCAGGAUUCCACAGCCAUCUUCAAAUAUCUUAGAUACUUCACGCGCACAAUCCUUGAUUCAAGGAAGCUGAUGAACAUCGCUUUUGUGGACAUGAACCCGUUCCCCAUGCGACUAAUCCAGAACCGCCGCUCCUUCCACUUGGAGAAAGUCCGUCUCGAGCUGACCGAGCUGGAGGCGAUCAGACAGACCUUCCUCAGGGAGCGAGAGACAAGUCAGGACGGUCGGAGCUUCGUCAGCGAUGACGAGGAGGACAACUGACCUUGAGCUUGUCGCUGAAGUAUGAAGACAAAGAGAUCAUCUCCAGAUGCCAGAGACGUGUCGCAGCUGUAAAGGGAUUUUUCCUAAAGGAUUGUUGGGAGUUGGUCUCCGAAUCAGAGCUGGACCAAUCAACUCUUAUAAAUUUCAAGUGAAAUCGCAUCAAAAGACAAAAGCAUUACAGGCCAAACGGCUUUUUCUGUCAGUAUUCCUGCCAUUUUAUUUUGUACACGCUUUGUUUGUUGUAUGCUUGUGUGUUUACGUGACAGCCAAAACAGUAUGCCUUAUCCACGACUCUUCAACCUUCAGUGCCAAGCUUCAGUCUUGCAGUCCGAAUCAGUAUUUUUACAAACAUGGCUGUGAUCUUUUAAUAGUUGGUGAUUUUAUGCCUGUUGAAGGAAUGAUUGUAUUUUUUUAUUUUUUUUUACCUCUGUUUUUAUUUUUGCGCUCUCUGCCCUCAGUCCCUUUCAUACGUCUUAAAAUUGUUUACCUAAAUCUAGUUAUUUUUCCAAACUACCACGCAUCAACACAUCUUUUGAUGCACUUGAAUCACUUAUGCUGAAAUUCAGAUUUUGCUGAAACUACAAAUUUAAGUCUUUGAGCCUUCUGAUCAAUAAGUCGUAAGUCAUUAUCGUGCAUAUCAUUCCAGCUUCCAGGGGUGUUUAAGAAUACACACAAAGACGAUUUAAAGAGUCCCAUGUAUUAUCAGUUGCAUAAACAGCAUGUGGAAUAUUUUGGAGAAGACUGUAUUUCUUUAAUAUCUCUGGAUUCAGAUCAAAUAACUAGAGACGCAACAAUUAAGCCACCAAGCUAAAGGUGUCGGUCAGUGUUGUCUUUUUAAGUAAUAUUGGUCCGUCCAGUUUAUCUGUCCAUAUUUGGGAGACUAUUUUUUUCUUUGGGUGUCAGUCUUAAUAUGAUAUUUUAAACUUAAAAGAAUACUAUGCAGGAUUUUCCUUUGCAAAAUCCCUCUCAAUCAUCACUUAUGACCCACUAGUAUUUUAUUAUUAGUCUGCCUGUAUUUUCUUAUUUUCCGUGUGAGGAUGUUUAUUGACGUGCACCCCCGCAUGAGGUCGAGGCUUUUUAAAAAGGUAGCAUUCGGGUGGCAGACUGUAAGCAGCAGAUAUCCAAGAGACAAAGCGGCAAAAAACCAGAUGAGAGUGAAUCUGGGGUUGGACAAUCCUGCAUAGUAUAUCCUCAUGUACCACUUAAUUAUGCAAUUUUCCCAAAGACAUUUCUGAGACAUUCAAACUGUUCUGCACCUUCAUUUGUUCCGAAGAAAAAAUGUGUAACAACCAUUGUAUUUGGUCAGGAGAAUAUCAAUUCCAAAAACAUCCUGAUUGUCUGAUUAUUUUACUAUUCCUAUUGUUAAGAUUAAUUUGCCUUGUUUCGGUAGUGUUCAUGAUUUUAGUUGGGGUUGUAAGGGUCUUAAUUUCCCCUGGUUAAAACCAGUACAUGCAUAAUGCUGGGAUAUUCUUCUGAGCCCUGUCUGUUGAUGUAUUUACAUUCAUUGUCCACAGUGUGGCAGUAUAACAUUUGUUUACCCAGUGUGUUUACACCAGGUAACCUCCGCACAGUAUGAUUUAGAGUUUAUUACACUGUGUGUAUAAAAUGGCUGGGAAGUCAAUCUGUCAACACGACUGUCGUGCAAAAAUGGAAAUAUGAUUUGUGAUCUAUGAGGGAAGUGUUUCAGAAGAUUUAUAGACAUGUAGCAACAUAUUUGUCUUUCACAUCCAGGUACUUACAGAAAACAGUUUACUUUUAUAGCACCGUGACCAUAUUCUCUACGAUACUUGUUUUACAGACCAGAAUAAAAAGUUGAUAUACUUGCUCAUAAAAGAAACCAUUUUUAUAUUUGGUUAAUUAACAGUAUACAACUGUUUGAAUGGGAAUCCACAAGAGAGGAGGAAGAUUUUCUCACUUUGCCCCUUCUCUUGUGUGCUGAUAUAUUGUUUACACUUUGUUAUAACUUUUAAUUUCCUUUGUUUUUACUUCACUCUGAGCUGUUGGUAGAAAUUUCUUCGUUGUUAGUUAUCUUUUCUCUGCUCUAGUACUGUCAGCUACAACACCAUGCCGAACUUUUUUGUGGGAUCGCCUGAAGUUGUGAGCAAACGGCUGAAUUGUGGUUGUUUUGUUGAUGGAAAUGUGAAUGAAAAAAGUAGAGGUGGAAAGUUUUUCCUCAUGAGAGCAGGUCUCUCUUGAGAUCAAAAUGUUCACCUUUGAUCGAUUUAAGAUAAAAAAGUUUUAGGUCCAUUCAUUUUGUCAGAGGGCUCAUACUGAAGGUUUCAAUAUUCACUCAUGUUUCAAUACACAGCUUUUGUUCUAAGGCUUGUUCUCGUGCUUUUUUUAUAUGUUUUCUGUCAGUUUAGUUUUCACAUGGAAUAAGCUACAUUUAAUGUUAUGCUGUCUUUGCUUUCUCUUCCUCUCCCAGCAAUGUAUUGCACAAGUGUAUGACUUCAAAUUAUCAUUGGGCACUUCUCUUUUUUUUGUAUGUAAAUCACUAUAUUGUUAAUCUUUAUCAUUUAAUGAUGAAAAAUGCAAAGCUUUUAUGUUACAGAAUUAAGUAUGCACCACUGUAUGUUUUUGUAAUACCAGUUAAAAGACAAAUUCAAUAAACAAUGGCUGACUGAUUGUCA